AUGGAAUCAAAUAAAGAUAAUAAUAAUAAUAUUGAAAAUGAUAAUAAAGAAAAGAAAAUUGUAACAGAUAGAAUUAGAAUAUUAUUACAUCCAAAAGCACCAUCAAUUGGUGAUAGUGUUUUACAAGGUACAAAGACAGGAUUUUUAUGUGGAGUUGGUGUUGGUUUAGUUACACCAUUAAUAUUUAGAGGUAGAGGAGUUGAACCAGUUGGUUCAUUUAUGAAAUCAGUAUUAAAUUUAACAUUUAUAGGUACAACAUUUGCAUCAACUUUACAUGUACUUCAAUAUAAUCUUUUAUUACCACCAAUGUCAUCAUGGACACUUAGCGGUCUCAUUAUCGGUGGUACAACAUCACAUAUAUUAGCACGUGGACGUUUUAUUCAAGGUAUGUUUUGUGGAGGUAUUUUCGGUGCAUUAGGUCAUAUGGCACAUAAAAAGAUAUACAAAGAUAGUAUCAAUAAAAAUAUAAUUGCAGAUAUAACCGAAUUAAAAGUAUUAGUAGAAGAUAAUAAAAACAAAAAUCAUAAUAUUGAAUUAUCAAUUCGUGAUCAAAAUUUAUAUGAUAAACUUAUGGAAGGUAUUGAUAAUAGAAUGAGUGAUCCUGCUUUCAAUAAUAGUAAUAAUGAUAACGAAGAUCCAAUUACUUUUUCAAAAAUUUUAAAAUCAUUAAGUCCACUUAAAGAAAUCACUGAAGAAGAAAAGAAAAUAAUCAUUCAAAAAAAUAAUGAAAGAGAUAAUACUGUAGUUUUAGAUUUAAAAGGUAAAUCAAGAUCAACAACACAACAAGAUAAUAAUAAUAAUAAAUAA